AUGUCUGAAGGUACUUUCGCUGGUGCAAUUGGUAUUGAUUUAGGUACUACUUACUCAUGUGUUGCAGUUUACGACAACACUACUGGUGUUGAAAUUAUUGCUAACGAACAAGGUAACAGAGUUACCCCAUCUUUCGUUGCUUUCACCCCAGAAGAAAGAUUAAUUGGUGAUGCAGCAAAGAAUCAAGCUGCUUUGAACCCAACCAACACUGUUUUCGAUGCAAAGAGAUUAAUUGGUAGAGCUUUCUCUGAUGAAUCCGUUCAAAAGGAUAUCAAGACCUGGCCUUUCAAGGUUGUCGAUGACAACGGUAACCCAAAGAUUGAAGUUUCUUACUUGGGUGAAACUAAGACUUUCUCUCCACAAGAAAUUUCUUCCAUGGUUUUAACCAAAAUGAAGGAAAUUGCAGAAGCAAAGUUAGGUCAAGCUGUUGACAAGGCUGUUGUUACUGUUCCAGCUUAUUUCAAUGAUGCACAAAGACAAGCAACUAAGGAUGCAGGUUCUAUUGCAGGUUUAGACGUUCUAAGAAUUAUUAACGAACCAACUGCAGCAGCUAUUGCUUAUGGUUUAGGUGCAGGUAAGUCCGAACACGAAAAGCACAUUUUAAUUUUCGAUUUAGGUGGUGGUACUUUCGAUGUUUCCUUAUUACAUAUUGCAGGUGGUGUUUUCACUGUUAAGGCAACUUCCGGUGAUACUCACUUGGGUGGUCAAGAUUUCGAUACCAACUUAUUAGAACAUUUCAAGAAGGAAUUCCAAAAGAAGACCGGUUUAGAUAUUUCUGGUGAUGCUAGAGCUCUAAGAAGAUUAAGAACUGCUUGUGAAAGAGCAAAGAGAACUUUAUCUUCUGUUGCUCAAACCACCGUUGAAGUUGAUUCCUUAUUUGAAGGUGAAGAUUUCUCUGCUAACAUCACCAGAGCAAGAUUCGAAGACUUAAACUCUGCUUUAUUCAAGUCUACUUUAACUCCAGUUGAACAAGUCUUAAAGGAUGCUGGUUUAGACAAGUCCAAGGUUGACGAAGUUGUCUUGGUUGGUGGUUCCACCAGAAUUCCAAAGGUCCAAAAGAUGUUAUCAGACUUCUUCGAUGGUAAGCAAUUAGAAAAAUCUAUUAACCCUGAUGAAGCUGUUGCUUUCGGUGCUGCAGUCCAAGGUGCUAUCUUAACUGGUCAAUCCACUUCUGAUGAAACUAAGGACUUAUUAUUAUUAGAUGUUAUUCCAUUAUCCUUAGGUGUUGCUAUGCAAGGUAACGUUUUUGCUCCAGUUGUCCCAAGAAACACCACUGUUCCAACUAUCAAGAGAAGAACUUUCACUACUGUUGCAGACCACCAAACUACUGUCCAAUUCCCAGUUUACCAAGGUGAAAGAGUCAACUGUUCUGAAAACACCUUAUUAGGUGAAUUCGACUUAAAGGGUAUUCCUCCAAUGCCAGCUGGUGAACCAGUCUUGGAAGCUAUCUUUGAAAUUGAUGCUAAUGGUAUCUUAAAGGUCACUGCUGUUGAAAAGUCCACUGGUAAGACCGCUAACAUCACCAUCUCUAACUCUAUUGGUAGAUUAUCCUCUGAUGAUAUCCAAAAGAUGAUUGAUGAUGCUGACAAGUUCAAGAAGGCUGAUGAAGAAUUCUCCAAGAAGCACGAACAAAAGCAAAAGCUUGAAGCAUAUGUCACCUCUAUUGAAGGUACCGUUACUGACCCAGUCUUAUCUGCAAAGAUCAAGAAGGGUUCUAAGGCUAAGAUUGAAGCUGCAUUAUCUGACGCUUUAGCAGCAUUAGAAAUUGAAGAUUCUUCUGCUGAUGACUUAAGAAAGGCUGAAUUAGCAUUAAAGAGAGUUGUUACUAAGGCUAUGGCUACUCGUUAA